CUAUAGGUUCCAUCUUCAUGGAUUCAACUAAUCUUGAAUAGAAAAUAUUCACAAAAUAUUUGCACAAGUUUCUUCAAAGAAAUCUUAAAUUUUCCAUGCACCACGUUCUUUUUGAGUUCACAUAAGUGAUGUGACAUCUGGGCAUUGCAUUAGGUAUUAAAAAUAAUCUAGAGAUCAUUUAAAUUAUAUAAAUUAAUGUGAAUGCGUUAUAUCUAAAUUCUACAACAUUUUAUACAAGGGACUUGAGCAUAUACAAUUUGUGGUAUCUUCAAAGUUUUCUAGACCCAAUCCUUUAUGUUUACUGAGAAAUGAUGUACACAUGAACUUUACAAAAAAUAAUUGUCCUACCCAAUUAAUGAACAGACUACAAUAGAAAGUAAAUAUCACUAGUUUAAAAUACUGUUAUUUUAUAUCACAAUUAUAUGGUGAAUCAGAGUAGAGAUCUUGAAUUAAUUUUGAUUGAAUUAGGCUAAUUCUGACAGGGUGACACUCAUAUUGAUUGAGUUUUGAUAAAACCACUCCCAUGCAGGCCCCUCGUGUUGUUUAAUCAGCACCACUAGCCAAUCACAUUCAUCCAUUUUGACAAAUCCCAUGGCUCCACCUCUUAUAAGACUCCUGGAGGAUUUCCCCAAGAUCUGACUCUACCAAAGCACCAUUUGACUGGUCCCAGGCCAGGGCAUGCUCUCCCAUGCUCUGGCUGUGCUGUGCUAGGGGCUGAUAAUUUCCCUUCAGGUAAAGUAAAAGAUCAAGGCGUAAACUGUAUAGAUUUACAGAAAAUAGGCCAAAGAUUGAGAUUUUUUUGCCACAAGCAAGUCCAGAGACCAUUUACUAUGUAUGGUUACCGGCGCCCAAGAAGCCCCAGGGAUUUCCAGACAGAAUGGCAGAAUGACAAUGAAGGAGAGACCAGUUUGGCUACCACACAAAUGAAUCCACCCAAACGCCGCCAAGUGGAGCAGGGUCCCUGUACAGGUGCAAAAAUACUCUCAAUUUCAGGAGCUCCACACCUGAAUUCAUGCCAGUCCCUGGAACCUCCCCAGGAGCGGCUGGAUUCUGGCACUGAGGAGCUCAUCAUAGUCCUGGAACAAGGGACAGAAGUGAGGCUGAGCCUGGAAGAGGGCGUCCUCAUCCUGGCCCCAGAAACAGCGCUGCAACUAACCCUGGAGAACAUAGUCAUUGUGAUUGUCCCUGAGCAUGUCCUGAGGUCACAAGAUGGCCUGCAGUUCCCUGUGCAGAUCCAGUACAUCUUGCCUUCGGCUGAUGAUUUCACCUUGGAGUUCCAUGUUCAAGAUGGAGUCAUCUCAGACAUGAAAGGAGAGAAUGUGCCUUUUUCACCUGCAGAAGAUGGGGAGGCAGCACCCCUAUAUCACCAGCCCUUGAUGAUACCCCCAGCAAACCACAGGACUGGGACCAGUCCUUGUCUCCUAGUAACCCCAUUGUGCAUUCCACACUGUCUGGCAGCCUUCCCCCAACGCUACCCUCUACCACCCACACCUAGUCCUGUGGGAUGCCCUAGACCUGCCGAUUCCAGUUUCAGCCUGCAUGCUAUGGAGCUCUUGUGCACCUCGUCCCUCAGACCUAUGCCCCCUUCACCAAGUCCUGAUCCCCAGAUCUAUCGCAGGGUUCACCACAGGCCUCCCAGCAAGGCACGGAGAUGUCUCUUUAGGAAGUGAUUUAACCCAAGAGCCACCCCCUGCAUUGAUGGGUCAGAGAUUGUCCAAGUCCUUAGUCAGUGCAUUCCCUGAAAUGUGGAGAGAGAGUAAUUCCAGGGACCACUUUCUUCCCCUUUGCUGUUUCCCAUCAUCACCCACUGACUUCAACAGCAGAGGGUCCCAGAUGCUGCAGGAACGGGGAGAGCUGCAGGGAGUUCAAACAAAACAUUCACAUUUCACUUCACACACACUAUCCCUUAGAAUUUCUCUUCUUAUUUAACUACAUGAAUCCAACCACACUCAAUCGAAUCCCUGACUGCUCCGUGUGAGAGUUCUGCUUCCAGCAUGACGUGGCCUGAAAAUUCAUCUGAAGACAGCUGCUCACUCCCAGGGUUAACACCUCCCCCUGAAUACUGAUGUCCUUGUAGUCAUUGGUCUGAUGCCACGAUAAAUAAUUCCUAAGGCUGGUGCUCUAUUUCUGUCCUCAGACUCUUCCCUUUUUCUCCAAGCUGUGCCCCAUUCCUUGUCUUAGUCCAGGUUCCCUACACUCCCCAGGCCAAUGCUUUUGAAUAAAUAUCAACGUGAUUGAAUGAAGUAGUGGUGACUGCUGUGCUUGCUUCCAACUGAGACACUCUCCUGCUCUAACUCAUCACGUUUCCAUUCACAUUUGCCUUUGUUUAGUUUUGUUUUCCAUUGUUUGGGUUUAUUAUUCAAGUACUUAUGAAAUAACUGCCACAUUUCUGAGAGCUUUCUUGGCAAAUUUGGGCCUUUUCCUGUGCUCCUCCUUCCAAGUCCUGAGUGGAGUCACUGUUUACACCUCUGGGCCUGGGGAUUGGUCUAGCUUAGCAAAUGUUUGGACAGAGCUUGGCUCUGUGGAUUGGGAUUGGCACCUGCGCUUGCUCACAGAUGCUCCCAGGCUCUUCCUGUCUAGGAAAUCUAGCAGUACAAAUCAAAAAGAAUCUAUGGAAUCUUGUGAUUAUCUGAGGGUGAGUGUCACCCUGGGCCCCUGGUCUUUUUCUCCUCUAGGUCACCGUGGUUGAUUUCCUUUCAGGUUCCUGUGUGUAUGAGGGGAUCGGGGA